UCCCCCCCCCUCCCCUCCCCUCCGCUACAAACCGAGAUCUUUUUGACAUCGUUAUUUUGCAUUAAUAUUAUUGGUGGUUUCCUUUCGGCAGAGGGCUGGUUAUUGAAGGUGCUGUUUGAAAAAUCUUUUUUUGUUUUUUUGUUUUAACGCCUCCCUUUAAAAAAAAAAAACCCUGCAGAAGGGGGGAGAGGAAAAAAAAACAGAAUGAACAAGCUUUAUAUCGGGAACCUAAGCGAAAGUGUCACCGUCCCGGAGUUAGAAAGUAUCUUCAAGGAAUGGAAGAUCCCUUUCACUGGCCAAUUCCUGCUCAAAACCGGCUAUGCCUUCGUUGACUGUCCGGACGAGAACUGGGCUAUGAAAGCGAUCGACACCUUAUCCGGUAAAGUAGAGCUUCACGGGAAACACAUUGAAGUGGAGCAUUCGGUGCCUAAGAGACAGAGAAGUCGCAAGAUCCAGAUCCGGAAUAUUCCGCCUCAUAUGCAAUGGGAGGUGCUGGAUGGUCUGUUAGCGCAGCAUGGAGCAGUGGAGAGCUGUGAGCAAGUGAACACAGAGACGGAGUCGGCAGUGGUGAACGUUACGUACGGGACGAAGGAGCAGGCCAGGCAGGCCAUCUCCAAGCUGAAUGGCCACCAGCUCGAGAGUUACAGUCUCACCGUCACCUAUAUCCCGGAUGAGCAGGCACCACAGCAGGGUCCGGAGGGCGGCCGCAGGGGUUUUGGGGGCCGUGGACCCCCCACUCCGGGCUCCAGCGCCCCCCUCAAGCAGCAGUUCGACAUUCCCCUCCGCAUCCUGGUGCCCACGCAGUUUGUGGGAGCUAUCAUCGGCAAGGAAGGAGCGACCAUCCGCAACAUCACCAAGCAGACCCAAUCCAAGAUCGACGUGCAUCGCAAGGAGAAUGCGGGGGCAGCCGAGAAACCCAUCAGCAUCCACUCGACUGCGGAGGGAUGUUCAGCUGCCUGCAGGAUGAUCCUGGACAUCAUGCAGCAAGAAGCCCAGGCCACCAAGAUGGCUGAAGAGGUGCCAUUGAAGAUCCUGGCUCACAAUAACUUUGUCGGCAGGUUGAUAGGGAAGGAAGGCAGGAAUCUGAAGAAGGUGGAACAGGACACGGAAACAAAAAUCACAAUCUCUCCCUUGCAGGACCUGACUCUCUACAACCCAGAGAGAACUAUCACGGUGAAGGGCUCCAUCGAGGCUUGUUGCAAAGCCGAGGAAGACAUCAUGAAGAAAGUGCGGGAAGCAUACGAGAAUGACAUUGCUGCUAUGAACCUACAGGCGAAUCUGAUUCCAGGGCUAAACCUGAACGCUCUUGGCCUGUUCCCACCAUCAUCCUCCACCGUGCCACCGCACCCUAUAGGUGUGGCACCAGCAACACCGUACGGCCCCUACAUGCAAACCUCGGAUCCAGAGACGGUGCACGUGUUCAUCCCAGCCCAGGCCGUCGGAGCCAUUAUCGGCAAGAAAGGACAGCACAUCAAACAGCUGUCCCGGUACGCUGAGGCCUCCAUCAAGAUCGCUCCUGCAGAAAGCCCGGACACAAAGCAGCGCAUGGUGAUCAUCACAGGACUACCUGAGGCCCAGUUUAAGGUCCAGGGGCGUAUCCACGGGAAGCUGAAGGAGGAAAAUUUCUUUGGACCCAAGGAAGAAGUCAAGUUGGAGACACAUAUUAAAGUCGCGGCUUCAGCGGCAGGGAGAGUGAUUGGCAAAGGGGGCAAAACUGUGAACGAGCUGCAGAACCUGUCGAGUGCGGAGGUGGUGGUUCCUCGCGACCAGGUGCCCGACGAGAACGACCAGGUCGUGGUCAAGAUCAUCGGACACUUCUACGCCAGUCAGCUCGCACAGAGGAAGAUCAGAGAGAUAUUGGCCCAGGUCAAACAUCAGCAACAGCAGAAGGUACAGAGCAGCCAACCACAAGCUCGGAGGAAGUGAGAUUGACGAGAAGUCCCGGAUACCUGCCAACAAUGGAGACAGAGGCCAGGCCAGAGUGUGGCUGUGUUCAGACCAACCCUUUGUUCACCUUUAACACAGUGGAAGGCUAAGUAGAAAUGAUGGAUUUUAAACUAAAUGAGAUUUACCAGGGUAAUUGGGAAUAACUUUUAAACCCUCAGGAGAAAAUGUUUGAAGAAUGUAAAUUUAGAGUGGAGAGACCUCUUGUCUUUAGUGGGGAGUGGGUGGUAACUGCUUGCGGGAUGUUGCACAAGUCUGGGGGACAUUAGUGCAGCGGGCUGUUGUAGAGGCCCAGGACCUCCUGCCCGCGUGACAAUUAACAAGCCCGUCAUCGCUCGAUGUUAGCAGUAGAAUCACUACAUUAGGGACUUCAGCCUUGCGAUGGUAUGAAGGACCGGCUUUUAAUUUAAGCCUCUUCUACAGUGACCCUCCCGCCUCUGCUGAAACCCGCCGCCUUUGUGCCCUCCUCCAGCGAUCACGAGGGGUGUGGGGGUGGAGAAGGGGUGAAUGUGGUCGGGUUCGGACAGUGACCAAUUUGGAUUCCAGCCACAAGUUUGUUGAAAGUGCGUGGGAAGUCCAGCGGGAGAAUAUCCUGUCAAGAAUUGGACCCAAAUCUGGAAUUGCGACGAGCGUUAUAUUUUAAAAUCUGGGGUGGUAAAAAUUCUUCAUGUUCUCAACAGAGAAGAUUCACGUUUGGGAAACAAGUUCGUUUUUGCUCCCAGAAAAUUGGAACAAAAAAAUGCAGAAAAUACUAGAUUACAAUCAGCAGGUCAGGCUGCAUCUGUGGAAGGGGAAGUGGAAGACCAUUUGCUUGCACUUGCCGAAGAGUGUAAGACCCGUGAUGUUUCACAGAUGAUGCCUGAUCUAGUGAGAACUUCCAGUACUUCCUGCUUUUAAGUUCCUUUUUCUUUGCUCUACUAAGUAUGAAACCCAUCAAAUAUCGAGAAAUCUUCAAGGUCAGAGUUCCCCACAACAUUCAUUCAUUUUCUGAUAACAAGUCUUCGGAAAGACCACUAGUAGAAAAUUCUGUACAAUGCAACAUCCGGGCAAAUAAAAUUAAGACACCCCAUGGCUCAGUGAAUGGAUGUAGCAAUUUAUCUUUUACAUCAGGCAAUAUAAUCUUAUGCGUUUCAUAGACGCUGAACGACAAAUAACCAAUGGGUAGCAAAUGCCACUGCUGAGUGGAUUAUUAAUAAUAAUCUCACAGUAAAUGGAGAGAUUCCAUCUUUAUUGUUGAUCUUGUUCAGUGCCACAUCUGAGUUCACUCGGGACAUGGCCAAUAGUGUAAAGAAAACUUGGCAGUGAGCAGGUUAAAAUAAACUGGGGGAGGAGCAGGCAAACUAGUAACAGUAGAGGGUCCAACACACAGAUCACGGAGCAGACUCUAGGUGGAGGUAGGCAGCUGUGAUGAAGAAAGUUGCACGUUGCUGGCUUUUGACAUCAAGGGGGGACAGGUGGACAUCUGAGGUUGUCUGUAAUGUUGGAGUGUUUGGGAGCUGAAUGAGGAGGAAAUCAGUCAGUGUAUGAACAGCUCAUGGGCCUCUUUCCACUGCCCACCACAUCAUAUAGACAACACAGUGCAGGGCCCUGCCUAUCAUCUGGUGCAGAGAUGAGCUGUCACUAAGUAUUUAAGAUCGGCCCGAAACGUUGCCUAUUUCCUUUUGAUCCAUAGAUGCUGCUGCUCCUGCUGAGUUUCUCCAGCACUUUUGUCCACCUGCUGUCACUAGGUAUGUCCCCAAGAAAACCCUAUCAUGACUUGAGCCACAAGAUCAAUCUUUUUCACUUCAGUGGGAACCUCAAAAAAUGGGUCGACUUGGGAACACGUCCCAAGUACAAUUAUUGAUCUGCCAUCUGUACCCGAGACUGUGAGAACAGGCACGUUGUUCCAAAUGGUACCCGCUGAUACAUGCAUCAGUGAAACAGAUAUAUCAUUCAGUACAUUGUGUUAAUUAGUGCAGACAACUCGAGUUAGAUGCCCGCUUGAUUUACCCAAUUUUUUAGAAGAACUCACUUGUCUAAUUGCUACCGAAGAUUAAUUUACGCGCUGAUAUUUUCUGAAUAAUGCUCUUGGAUUUAUGGCUGACGCCGUACGCCAGCCUCGUCAUGUGCAGCGCCCGCCGUACACUGGAUUCACCCGCUCAGUGGCCACCCGUGUAAAACGCAAGGUACCUGUACAGAGUACCAAUUGAUUGCACCAACUGAUAACGUGUAUCAAUCAUGCUUCUUACCAAUUGGCAUCGAUACACUGCAACAGUCAAUGCAUGGCACCAAUUGUUACAUUGCACCAAUCAAUGCAUUGUACCGAAUGAUACAUUUCACCAACCUGUACAUUGCCUUCCUAUUCCUCCUACACCCAAAAUCCAUUCACUAAAAGCCAUGAAACGGUGAUCUUAGGGGCUGAGGAGACACUGAGGUCCAUGUCUAACUUAUUUACGAUAAAGUGAUUCUUGAUUCAUCUAAUUUUUAUUACUACUUGCUUAAGACUAAGCCUUCCACAGUGUUAAAAACGUUAGAGAAUUGUGUAUUCUUGCCAAAUAUUAAAUGAACUGUGAUGAUUGAGAAGAUAAUGCCAGCCACGUGUGGUGUUAGCUCUAACCUUUAUUCUGCUUUCUUGAAUGAAGAACUUAUGAACAA